AUGGAUAAAGCUACGCCAGCAACAUUGACAGAGUUCAAAGAUGCUGUAUCUAGUUCUAUUAUAUCAAUUGAGUCCAAUUGGGCUUUAGAGUUUCGUACAUACAGAAGUCAAGUGAAAAAAAAAGUAAAUAAUAAUAAUAAUAGUAGUACUAAUAAAGAGGAAGAACAGAAUGAAAGUGAUAGAAACAAUGUAUUAUAUAGUCUAGCAUUCCCACAAAGGAAGAAGAAUGUAUUAAUAAAGAAUAAGAUUGCGAUUGUUACAACGACAAGUUUAGAUGUAGACAAUGAAAAUACUAAUCCAAAUACCAACAGUGUAAGAAGACUAAUCGAUUCAUGUAGUAGUGCGUGGUACCCGGAAACAAUUGAUAACAUAAUCAGUAACAAGCUGUCGAACAUGUGGAUUCAGAGACAGUUAAUAAAAGGUGAUGCAGGUGAAUCAUUUAUUACACAAGAUGGAUUAUUAAUUAAAUGUUGUAACCUUUUUUCGUCCUUCGGAUUUAAAGGUUUACUUAUUGAAUUAAAAGAAGCACCACCCGCAAACAACGCUCAUACAGCCACUAUCGAUGACAAUUCACAUUUUACAAUCUGUGUUAAAACAAUUUUAGAUAUAUUAAAAACAAUUGGUAUAAAGACUUACAAAAUGUCAAAUGAUACAUUAAAUGAGGAUGCAAUGUCACCCACAGGCUCUAAUAUAGAUGAAAAUAUUGAACUAUGUAAUCUUGCAUAUCAAUAUGUUAAUGUUCUUGAUUAA